ACAUAUAAAGUUCAUACAUUUACUUUUAGCGGUAUUUCAAGCCUCAUGAAAACACAGGUUCAUUUUAUGUUAUCGUCGGCGUUCAUGAGAUUUCUGACAUGCGUUUAUUGCCACUGGCUUUAACAAGUCUACAGGUUUACUCUGUGGUAUUCGGAAGCUACGAGGAAUAUGUAAUAUUGCCAGACAAUUCAGAUUACUGCCGGAGUCACUCUGGCUUUAGAAGAUUUUCGCUUUCUAGGCAGAUGAGUUUUGUUACCGGAUUAUAUAAUUCGUCAUGGAACAAUCUGUUAUAUGCUUGUAAGAUAAAAGUGUAUCCAAAUGGAAGACUUCUACAUUAUUCUUAUCCUGAAGGACAUACAUCAUACUGGUUCCAUAGACUACGGGUUUCUAUUAAUUUUACCUCUUGCAAUGAUUUUUUGACUAUUGGGUUUAUACCCGAAGAAAUCACUCAACCUACUUUACUUCCAUAUGAGUUAAAUUUAACCUGUACAUUUACAUUUCCGCAAAUCAUCGAUUCAAAGCAUCGUAUCGUGUCAUUGGUUUGGCAUACAGAGUCCGGUUCAAUUGAGGAUGUAAAAUCUAAACUAGAUGUUCAAAUGUCAGCAUAUAUGCGAUUCGAAGGAACUUUCAGUCUUACUGAUAAAAUGCGUCGAUGUGAAGUAGGCUCUGGAUUUUGGUGUGGAAAUCAAACUGCUGUUUGUGUUUACGGUCAAAUGCGCUGUGAUCAAGCAGAUGAUUGCUUUGAUGGGGGAACUGAUGAAAUUGGUUGUCCACCUGUUCGUAAUUAUACAUAUGUUCAACCGAGACGUCCUUUGAACAGUUGGUCAGUAUACUUACCGUGGACGGCAUUAGGAUUAAUCCCUUUAAUAUUAGUAUUUGCUUUGGGACUUAUCUGUGCACCUCGAAAAUCUCUAGAUGAACUUGAAGAUGAUGAUCUUAGUCAAGAAAAUGAAUGUUUAAAAACUAUUUUCUCACCAAUGACUUCUUCAUCAGCAGCUUCACCUACUUUAUCUGAAUCAAGUUCACCCAGAUCUAUUCAAUCUAUUGCUGCUUGUUCUACUGGAGAUAAAGUUAUUGUUUGUGCGUCAGAAUUAACCCGGUCAUUAUCUCAUCCAAGUCUAUCUGAUAUGGUACGCACAACAUUUGUUACUAACGAAACUAACAAGCAAAAAUCUUGUCUUCUUAGCUCAAACAAUAAUACGGAACAAGAUCCUGAUUCUUUUUGUCUUCAACAAAAAAGUAAAAAAUAUUAUCCCGAAAGUUGUGAACUUCUUUUAAACAAUGAUAAUAGUAUUAUUAAUCAUGAUAAACGAAAUUUUAUAGAAGAUGGUUCAAGUUCCAAAUUUUUUAAUGAAGUUCUCAAACCAACUAAAUCUAGAGCUGUUACUUUUCAACUACCUGGAGCAUUAGAAGAAAAAUCAAUUAUGGAUUCAGACCAUGACAACAUAGAUUCAGAUUCAAAAAUACAAAUAAAUAAAAGUCAUGAAGAAUCAAUGAAUCAACGAGAAGCACAACGAAAUUCCGGUAAUAUUUCACGUCAAUCAAAAUUCGUUGAACCUGAUAAUCGAGCCAUUCCAGCAUGUUUUGAAAUGGCUGCUUUAAAAGUUAGAGUGUCACGCAAUGAAUUUGGAAAUGUAACUAAUCACAAUGUUAGUCCUGAUUUUGUUGAUCAAGAAAUUUGGAACUCAAAUGCUUUUACACUUAAACAACCAUACAAAAACCAUCAUUCACACUCAAACUCUCAAUCACAAACCGAUAAUUCGAAAAAUAUUGUAAAAAAUACAAACAACAACGAUUUCAAUCAAUCUCAGUCAAGUUCAUCUGAAAGUGAUCGAGAAGAUGUUACACCUUUCAGACGAACAGAUAAUUUUAUUCUAACUAAUCAUUGGGAUAAAAAUAAUAAUCCAAAAUUAAAUGGUGUACAGAUUCAAAAUGAGAAUGAAGGAUACAAUACAAUAAAAAAGAAAGUGUUUAAUGAUCUACAAACAUAUGGAUUAUCAUUAUCAUCUCAAAAGCCUAAACAUAAAACCUCUUCAAUUAUUGUAACUGCAAAAAACCAAUUAACUUCAGGUGAACAACAACGACAUAGUAAUGCUGAUUAUAUAUUGCUUUAAAAUGAAAUCAUUGUAUAUAAUUAUUGUACGAUCAGAGAAAGUAUAAUUAAUUCAUGAAUUUUUAAUUCCGGAUUUUGUGUUGUUAUGAUACUGUAACUUGAAUUUUUAAAAAAAUCGUUUUACAUCAUCAUCAUUAUCAUCCUACUUUAUUUGAUUAUGUUUAUAAUUCUAAUUUUUUACUAUGACAAACAUUUUGUUUAUGUUAAGUGUUUAUGUAAAAUAUGACAUUAAGUGUAAAAGACUGUCUACAGGUGAACUCAUUAUAACAAACUGUUAAAAAAAGAUAGUUUAUUAUGUAACAUUUUCACUUUUCAGUACUUUGUGUGUAUGCUUAGAUUGAACUUGAAUUCCUGUCAUGCUUUCUUAAAAUGCUAAUUUUCAUACAUUGAUCAUUUGCAUCCUACCGGGAUUAUUUUUCAGAUUUUUAAUAAUAUUAAGUGAAAGAGAAUUAGAGAAGUGUUUUUCGCUAAUUUUUAGCACACAGUGAGAAUAUUGUGAGAGGUUGCAACUUGUAUAAUAGACCCAUAUAUUAUUUACUGAGAACGG